UGGAAGUAGAAAUUGGUGUAAUGAAGUGAAUUGAUAAUCCUAGCCCGUUCUCAAUCUUGUUUUCACGUGGAGUCUUGAGCACUGAAAAUGGCUGUUGGAAAAAAUAAGGGUUUAAUUAAAGGAGGAAAGAAAGGUGUUAAAAAGAAGGUAGUUGAUCCAUUCACUCGCAAGGAUUGGUAUGAUGUUAAAGCUCCAGCCAUGUUCAGUGUUCGAAACGUUGGAAAGACACUUGUCAACAGAACACAAGGAACAAAAAUUGCAUCUGAAGGAUUGAAAGGACGAGUAUUUGAAAUUUCACUAGCCGAUCUCCAAAAUGAUGAAAUUGCUUUCCGUAAGUUCCGCUUGAUUGCUGAAGAAGUACAAGGAAGGAAUGUUCUAACAAAUUUCCAUGGAAUGGAUUUAACUACUGACAAAUUAAGAUCAAUGGUGAAGAAAUGGCAAACAUUAAUUGAAGCCAAUGUUGAUGUAAAAACUACUGAUGGUUAUCUAUUACGUAUGUUCUGUAUUGGUUUUACUAAAAAAUGGACCACCCAAGUUAAAAAGACAUGCUAUGCACAACAUGCACAAGUAAAACUAAUUAGGAAAAAAAUGGUUGAAACAAUGGUCCGUGAAGUUUCAUCCUCAGAUUUAAAAGAAGUUGUAAAUAAAUUAAUUCCAGACAGCAUUGGUCGUGAUAUUGAAAAAGCAUGUCAGGGUAUUUAUCCACUUCACGAUGUUAUGAUCAGGAAAGUAAAAGUUCUUAAAAAGCCCAAAUUUGAUAUUGGAAAACUGAUGGAGUUACAUGGCGAGGGUACAAAAUCAUCAUCUGCUGCUCCUGCCAAAGUUGGUGAAGAAGGGACAAAAAUAGAUCGACCAGAAGGCUAUGAACCUCCUGUGUUAGAAUCUGUUUAAUAAAUUGAAAAUAAAAUUAAAAAAAAGAGAAAAAAAACAUGAA